AUGUCGGCCACUUCCAGCGUGUACCACUUUGUAGAAGAGUUUGGCAGGACAUUCCACAGGUAUAAAGAGGGAAAAUACUUCCUCCCCAACGACGAACAAGAGAUAAAGUUCGCGGACCAAAACCCGGGGUCCGACGUCCUGGGCACCGACCUGUCGCCCAUCCAGCCGGAAUACGUGCCGGCGAACUGCCGGUUCGAGGUCGACGACUGCGAGGACGAGUGGAUCUACAGCCACAAGUUCGACUACAUCCACGGGCGGUACAUGUGCGCGUUCCUGACGGACUUCAGCAAGCUGUUCCGGAACAUCUACGACAACCUGAACCCGGGCGGGUGGGUCGAGUUCAUGGAGACGCUCAUCUUCUUCCAGAGCCACGACGGGACGCUCGACGGGACGGCGCUGCAGCGGUGGAACCGGCUCAUCGUCGACGGCGUCAAGAACAUGGGGCGCAACCUGCUGUCGUGCCGGCGGUACAAGCAGUGGAUGCUCGAGACGGGCUUCACCAACGUCGAGGAGCGCAAGAUCAUCGUUCCCGCCAACCCCUGGGCCAAGGGCAAGAAGAACAAGGAGCUCGGCGCGCUGCAGAUGGUCAACAACCUAAACGGCGUCUACGGCCUCACCAUGACCGUCCUCACGAGGGGGCUGGGCUGGAGCAAAGAGGAGGUCGAGGUCUUACUGGCCGAUGUUAGGAAGGAUAUGGGGGAUCGAAAUAUCCAUUCAUAUAUCACCAUCAUGGUCGUAUACGGUCAAAGACCAUAUUGA